AGCCCCUACGGGAACCCGAGACAGUUGUCCCCAUCCCGCUCUGGCCGGAAGCCGCCGGCAGCGCGGCGAAAGAGCGAUGGGCCCCGCCGCGUUCCUGGCGGCGCUCACAGCGGUGACCGGCGCGCAGGCGUUCCAUCACCCAGCUGCCCUGUCGCCGCAAGCGGUGGCGGUGUCCGCAGUGGGCGCUGGCCGCCGGGCCCCGCGCGACUCGGCCGCCUCGGCCGAGGCCGCCUCCGCCGCGGGCCGCGCGGGGCUGUGCCUGGCCUGUGGCGCCGCCGCCGCGCUGGCCGCCCGCGGCGCGGCCCGCGGGCGCACGGCGAUGGGCUUCUACAAGAGGAUGGGCGGUUAUGGCAAGAAGGACUAUGCGGCCAUCUUCGGCCCGCAGUACAACGGGCCGAAGAUCGACUACAUCAUCAUGCGGGGCCCCCGCCUGGGCAGGCCGAGGAACGGCGAGCAGCGCACCGUCCCGAAGCUCAGCGGCGGCUCCUUCGACAAGCGCAAGGAUAUCAUGAAGUGCCUGACGACCGCGGUGGUCAACACGGGCGCAUCAAGACGACCUACGCCAGGGCGCUGGGCGUGCAGAGCUUCAUCGACAGGAUGAUCGUCUUGGCGAAGCGCGGCGACGACCUGUCUCGCCGCGAGGCCGAGGAGUGGAUGGUGGACUCGAGCCUGGUCGAGAACCUCUUCAAGCUGGCGCCUGAACGCUACGGCGAUAAGGGCAAGGACUUCACGCAGGUUACCCGCACGAUGGGCAAGCGUGGCGCGGAGAUGGCGUACAUCGAGCUCGUGUGAGUGUCCUGGCGUAGAGUUGGUCCUCUUCCUACACCUGCUCCUCCCCCUGAAUGUUGUGAUGGAUGGUCAUGAAGGCAAGCCUCCUGACUAGAAUGAGCGGCAGUUUGAAUCGUCAGAUGGUCCAUCAGUUGUUGUUACCCAAGGCUCUCACCGAUGGGAGCUCAGACUCCGGCAGUUCGAACGACGUCAGCACUGAAGCCUGGGUUAAACCUGGGAGGCUCUUGCACUCACCCUUGCUUGGCCUCCAGCGAGGGAAGAGUCGCCUUCUCCGCCUCAGCUCGUUCGUGCGCAGAUAACGGGAUGGGGGACCACAGACGCAAGGACUUGGUCGUGGGGCAAUGCUGAGGGCACAGUCCCUUGUGAAUUCGCUUCAGCUGCGGCUUGGAAACUGUAGCAGCAGGCUUCGACAGUAGGAGGAGGAUCGGGAG